CAGGGAUUCCCACUUGAUGUGUAUAUGUUGAUAGAAAAAAAGGAUGACAGAAAUAAGGAUUCGGAAACUUCAGAUCCGAAAUAUCCCACCUCACUUACAGUGGGAGGUGCUGGAUAGUUUACUAGUCCAGUAUGGAGUGGUGGAGAGCUGUGAGCAAGUGAACACUGAUUCCGAAACUGCCGUUGUAAAUGUAACGUAUUCCAGCAAGGACCAAGCUAGACAAGCCUUAGACAAACUGAAUGGAUUCCAGUUAGAGAACUUCACCUUGAAAGUUGCCUACAUCCCCGAUGAAAUGGCUGCCCAGCAGAACGCCUCGCAGCAGCUCCGAGGGCGCCGUGGACUUGGGCAGAGGGGUUCAUCCCGACAGGGGUCUCCCGGAUCAACAUCCAAGCAGAAACCCUGUGACUUGCCUCUGCGCCUGCUUGUUCCUACUCAGUUUGUUGGAGCCAUUAUAGGAAAAGAAGGAGCCACUAUCCGGAACAUCACCAAACAGACCCAGUCUAAAAUUGAUGUCCACCGUAAAGAGAAUGCAGGGGCUGCCGAGAAGUCCAUUACUAUCCUCUCCACCCCUGAAGGCACCUCUGCGGCUUGUAAGUCUAUUCUGGAGAUUAUGCAUAAGGAAGCGCAAGAUAUAAAAUUCACAGAAGAAAUCCCCUUGAAGAUUUUAGCACAUAAUAACUUUGUAGGUCGUCUUAUUGGCAAAGAAGGAAGAAACCUUAAAAAAAUUGAACAAGACACAGACACUAAAAUCACGAUAUCUCCAUUGCAGGAAUUGACGCUGUAUAACCCAGAGCGUACCAUCACAGUGAAAGGCAGUGUUGAAACCUGUGCCAAGGCUGAGGAAGAGAUCAUGAAGAAAAUCAGGGAGUCUUAUGAAAAUGAUAUUGCUUCUAUGAACCUUCAAGCACAUUUAAUUCCUGGAUUGAACCUGAAUGCCUUGGGUCUGUUCCCACCCACUUCAGGGAUGCCACCCCCCACCUCAGGGCCCCCUUCAGCUAUGACUCCUCCCUACCCACAGUUUGAGCAAUCGGAAACGGAGACUGUGCACCUGUUUAUUCCAGCCUUAUCAGUCGGCGCCAUUAUCGGCAAGCAGGGCCAGCACAUCAAACAGCUUUCUCGAUUUGCAGGAGCUUCAAUUAAGAUUGCUCCAGCUGAAGCACCAGAUGCUAAGGUGAGAAUGGUGAUUAUCACUGGACCACCAGAGGCUCAGUUCAAGGCUCAGGGAAGAAUUUAUGGGAAAAUAAAAGAGGAAAACUUUGUUAGUCCUAAAGAAGAGGUAAAACUUGAAGCUCAUAUCAGAGUGCCAUCCUUUGCUGCUGGGAGAGUUAUUGGAAAAGGAGGCAAAACGGUGAAUGAACUCCAGAAUUUGUCAAGUGCUGAAGUUGUUGUCCCUCGCGACCAGACACCUGAUGAAAAUGACCAAGUUGUUGUCAAAAUAACUGGUCACUUCUACGCUUGCCAGGUUGCCCAGAGAAAAAUUCAGGAAAUUCUGACUCAGGUAAAGCAGCACCAACAGCAGAAGGCUCUGCAAAGUGGACCACCUCAAUCAAGGAGGAAGUAAAGGCUCAGGAAACAGCCCACCACAGAGGCAGAUGCCAAACCAAAGACAGAUUGCUUAACCAACAGACGGGCGCUGACCCCAUCCAGAACCACAUGCACAAGUUUUUACCUAGCCAGUUGUUUCUGAGUACCAGGCAACUUUUGAACUCCUGUCUCUGUGAGAAUGUAUACUUUUAUGCUCUCUGAAAUGUAUGACACCCAGCUUUAAAAAAGAUAAGGGGGAGGGGGAGAAAGAGAAGAGCUCUGCACUUCCCUUUGUAAUCUCACAUAUAACAGAUAUUCUAAUUCUUCUUGAUAUCCCUUAUAUAAUGCCAGAAAUUGGCUUAAAUCAUGAAGCCACUAAAUUCAUCAAAUGAAUAAAUUAAAAGUAGAUUGCUCCUAAAUCCAAUUGUCAAAUUGGAUCCAAAUCCAAUUACCACAGGAACUUAAUUAAAUGUUAAGUCAUUAGCAUAGAAAAACCAUUUCAUUUUUAUCUAACACUAACAACACAAAUAACCUAAGGGAAGUGCUAAAUGGUGUUGGCAGGGGAAUUAAAUGUGCAUUUUUACUCAACUACCUCAGGUACAGUAAUACAGUGAAAAGCAAAUUGUUCCUUUUUUGAAAAUUUUAUAUACUUUAAGUCCAACCAUUUUUUAAAAAAAAAAUUAAAAUUCAGUAACCUCUAUCAGCUAAUAGGCAAAUAA